AUGGCAUUCAAAGUCGUACUCUUCGCCGCUCUCGUAGCAGUAGCUCGUGCAGGCCACCUCAGUGGCCUGACCUACGCAGCUCCCGUUCUGGGCUCCCACAGCGCCGUCUCCACCUACUCCAACGUCCAGCACCACGCUCCAUCGGUCCACGCUCACGUUCCCGCCGUCCACUCUUACGUCGCCCAAGCCCCCGCCGUCCACGCUUACGCCGCCCAAGCUCCCCUCGUCCACUCCUACGCCGCCCAAGCUCCCCUCGUCCACUCCUACGCCGCCCAAGCCCCGCUGGUCCACGCUCACGCCUACGCCGCUCCCGUCGCCCACGCCGUAUCGGUGCCCGUCGCCAAGACCGUCGUAGCCGAACCGUCCGCUCCCGCUAACUACGACUUCGGGUACGGCGUGAGCGACCCGCUCACCGGGGACUCGAAGAGCCAGCACGAAUCCCGCCGCGGCGACGUCGUCCACGGAAGCUACUCCCUCCUGGAGUCCGACGGCACCAAGCGUACCGUCGACUACACGGCCGAUCCCCACAACGGAUUCAACGCCGUGGUGCACAAGGAGCCCGUUGUAGCUCCCGUUGUGGCCCCCGUUGUUGCUAAAGUAGCCGCCUACGCCGCCCCCGUCGCCCACGCCUACGCCGCUCCUCACGUUUACAACGCUCCUUUGGCCCACGGAUACGCUCACGGAUACGCUCCGGUCGCUCACGGUUACGCCGCUCACGCUCCGGUCGUCGCUCACAACGUCUGGUAG